AUGUGCCGGACACGACUGAUGAGAAUCCGAGGAUACACAACUGAUGAGAAUCCAAGGAUCCGGCCCGCAUACAACGCGGUACUGCUUCCGGCUAAGGCGCGCGGGACCGCAAUUGAAGCAACCACCAACGCCUCUGCGGUCUCAACUUCUGCCCUAACCUUGGUAACCCCGGUGUUCCCCACGCCUGCCACAGCUAUCAUCGGCCCGCAAGCCGCCUCCAAUGGCCCGGCGCCGCCGGAGUAA